AUGCCGCAGGAGGGCCAGAAGUAUCCCUACCACGUCGGCUUGGUGGGGGAUAUCGGGCAGACACCCGUGUCCAACUCCAGCAUGCACCUGCUCUCCCAGCUGAACCCGGAACUGGUGCUGAUGACUGGAGACCUGUCCUACGCUGACGGCUUUUUUCCACGCUGGGAUUCCUUUGGCAUCAUGUUCGAGCCGCUGGGCGCCCGCGUGCCCUCCAUGACUUGCCCGGGGAACCACGAGUACGCCACCGCCGAGGCCUUCAAAAGCUUCGCGGUGCGGUACCCCAUGCCUUACGAGCAAUCUGGCUCCCACGAUGCCACCUACUGGAGCCGAGACAUUGGGCCGAUGCAUGUGGUGUCCCUGAACAGCUACGGCUCCACGCACUCCGGGAGCUUCCAGUACAAGUGGCUGGAGCGCGACCUCAAGAACUUCGACCGCACCAAGACGCCGUGGCUGGUAGCACCUUGGCAGGUCCCAGUUUGA